CGGAAGAAGCAUGGCUGCCCCCUGCGUCUGAGCACGCUCUCGGCGCGGACCUCCGGCAUCAUGCAGUCCGAUGACGUUAUCUGGGAUACUCUCGGAAAUAAGCAAUUUUGUUCCUUCAAAAUCAGAACCAAGACCCAGGGGUUCUGCAGAAAUGAAUACAGCCUCACAGGGCUGUGUAAUCGGUCCUCUUGUCCUCUGGCCAACAGUCAGUAUGCCACCAUCAAAGAAGAGAAAGGCCAGUGCUUCUUAUACAUGAAAGUUAUAGAACGUGCAGCUUUUCCUAGGCGUCUCUGGGAACGGGUCCGGCUUAAUAAAAAUUAUGAGAAAGCACUGGAGCAAAUAGAUGAAAAUCUUAUCUACUGGCCCCGUUUUAUUCGACACAAAUGUAAGCAGAGAUUCACCAAGAUUACCCAGUACCUAAUUCGAAUUAGAAAACUUACACUCAAGCGACAGAAGAAACUUGUUCCUUUGAGUAAGAAGGUGGAGAGAAGAGAGAAAAGGAGAGAGGAAAAGGCAUUAAUAGCGGCUCAGCUGGACAAUGCUAUUGAAAAGGAAUUGCUGGAGAGACUGAAACAAGAUACGUAUGGAGACAUCUACAACUUCCCCAUUCACGCCUUCGACAAGGCCCUGGAGCAGCAGGAGGCAGACAGUGACUCGUCAGACGCUGAGGAAAAUGAAGAAGAUGAAGAAGAAGAUGUAGGGAAAAGAGAGUUUGUAGAAGAUGACGAAGUGGAUGAAAGUGAUAUAAGUGAUUUUGAGGAUAUGGAUAAACUGGAUGCCAGCAGUGAUGACGACAAGUCCUCCAGUGAGGAAGAAGAAAAAGCCAAACACAAAGGCAAAACACCGUUGAAAGGACCUUUUCGGAGAAAACGUGCCUAUGUGGAGAUCGAGUAUGAGCAGGAAACAGAGCCAGCAGCCAAGUCCAAAACCACGUGAUUUCCCUUUGUGUUUUAACAGGACCAACCUUUUGAAAUCUUUGGUUUCUUUUAUCUAAAACGACUUUCAGUUUUUGCUCCUUGUACUUAGAACAGUGUUUGUGAGUUUUUGGUUUGUUUUUUAAUUUAUGCCCCUCUGUGGGGCAAAAAAUACUAAUAGAAUGACAUUGUUGUGAACAGAGAGAGUAUUUUUAUAAUACUGGCAUAUGUGUUAAAAUAACAGCUUGAGCCCAAGCAGCUCAACAGAUGAGUCUGUGGAUAUAAACAUUUCUAAAUUAUAAACUGUCUCCUUGGUGUAU